CCUCAAAUAAAAUUAUCUGAUUCAUUGCUGUCUUGAGGUCGGGAAAACGGAGUGUGAAAAGGCUAAUACAUUAUUUACAUUAAAUGCGUAUAGUGUCCGGUUGUGUUAGGAAUCUUACAGUAUUUUGCUGCUAGCGCAAAUGUGAAUGUUAAAGGAUACAGCUUGUGAUCAAACUUAUUGAACAGGGAUUGUAAGCUAGUCAGGUUAGCUUGCUAGCUCACUAAAGCGAAGCCGCUAGUAGGCUAUAACCUAAUUCCUCUGUCCUCACACUUGUGAAGGGCGCGAUAGUUAGGAUAUAAUCUUAGGAUAGAGCCCUUAAGCUUCGAAUCAACGAAAGAAAUUGGUUUCGCCUCUUCUCAAAGCUGAUUUAGAUAAUUCGGAGCUACAUUCAGGAAAAAGUCGUCUGCAGUGAUGGCAGAAAGACCAGAGGAUCUUAACCUUCCCAACGCUGUCAUCACACGCAUCAUUAAAGAAGCACUGCCAGAUGGCGUAAACGUAUCUAAGGAAGCAAGGAGAGCCAUCUCUCAGGCCGCCAGUGUUUUUGUGCUGUAUGCUACAUCAUGUGCUAACAACUUCGCGAUGAAGGCCAAAAGAAAGACGCUCAAUGCCGGGGAUGUGAUGUCAGCUAUGGAAGAGAUGGAGUUUGAGCGGUUCCUGCAACCCCUGCGUGAGUCUUUGGAAGCUUACAAAAAGGGCCAGAAAGGCAAAAAGGAGGCCUCUGAACAAAAGAAGAAAGACAAAGAGAAAAAGAGUGAUGUGGAAGAGAGCGAUAAGAAAGACGAAGAUGAGGAAGAGGAAGAGCAUAUGGAUGAGGAGCCAGAGGCAGAGAAUGAGGCUGAAGAGGAUGAGGUCGAGAAUUGAGGACUACCUUGCUUCACCCUCAAAUGAAGUGCUCCAGUCUUGGAUGAACUGUUAGUUGUCUAAUGAGCCUGUGGUUUGCAGCUGUAGGGUUUUGUGUGUGUACAAUCUGUGCCACAUUGGUGGGAUAUGUAGUUUAGGAAUGCUUUUGAAAGCAAUUUGCAAGGUUACACAGUGUGUGUGAGAAUGGUGGCUUAAUGUUUCUCCAUUAUACAUGGAGUACAAAAAAACUUGUGUGUACAGGAAUUACAUCCCAACAGCAAAAAAUCUCAGGUCACCAAAUUUGAGAUCUUUUUAUAAAGGUUUCUAAUCAUUGUGUCCAACUGUUCAGUAAGGGCACAUUAAAAAUGAACGUUUGAAAUGCCAGCUUUUCUGGUAAAGUUAAUCAUUUGUACUUUUUACAUUAAAAUUGUUUUUGUAGGAAUUGGGCUGGUUCUUCCACCAAUAGGACAAGUUCAAUUCACAAUUACAGAACAGCGUACAGCUGGACUACCUGAAUACCAGUUUCUGUAACAGAAGCAAGACAGGUUGAGGACUGCACUGAACUAGCCGAGUGAACGCCACAAAAA